AAACGACCAUUGCUCACCGCGCCAGGAGACACGCUCAACCGAGUGAGACAAAAAUAUUCAGUAAUGGAUGCAAAACGAAGUGGCCUUGAAUUUGACAAGACUGCUGAAAAAUUACAUAUGUAGUACAAAUGGGAAAGGAAUUCGCAGUGCAUUGGUGGCAGCCUUUAAUUACUGGCUAAAAGUUCCUGAAAGUGUUUUGAGUGUCAUAUCAAGUGUAAUCCAAAUGCUGCACAACGCCAGUUUGAUUAUUGAUGACAUCGAAGACGGUUCUCACUUACGGCGUGGUAAACCAGCUGCUCAUUGUAUUUUUGGAGUCGCACCGUCUAUCAAUUCCGCAAACUAUGCUUAUUUUCUUGCCCUAGAAAAAUUAUCUCUACUAGAACGUCCUGAAUCGGUAAAAAUAUUUACAGAGCAAAUGCUUGUAUUGCAUCGUGGACAAGGUAUGGAUAUAUUUUGGCGCUCCUCUUUUAAGUGUCCAUCAGAAUCAGAAUACGAGGCUAUGGUAUUAUGUAAAACUGGUGGUCUGUUCAGUCUAGGUGUUCGUCUAAUGCAAUUGUUCUCUGAAAAUCAAACAGAUUAUAAACCUCUUUUGGAUGUGAUUGGUCUGUUUUACCAAAUUCGUGACGAUUAUGCAAAUUUAGUUGAUUUAAGUUAUCAUAGAAAAAAAACAUUCGCAGAAGAUUUAACUGAAGGAAAAUUCAGUUAUCCUAUUGUUCGUGCCAUUAACGAUUAUCCUGAUGACAACCAAGUGAUGAAUAUUCUCUCACAACAUACCUCAAAUUCAUCAUUAAAACUUUAUUGUGUUAAACAUUUGUUAGAGUUGGGUGCAUUAGAACAAACUGUAUUGAAGUUAGCUAAGUUGGAAGAAAGAUGCAGUCAGUUAAUUGUGAAGUAUGGCAAUAAUCCCUUGCUUUCUGAGGUAAUCCAAAAACUAACUGACCUACAUCGUACACCUGAUGGUCAUUUACGGUUUAUUACACCAAGGGAUCUUAACUAUGACUCAUUCGAUCACAAUGAGAUAUCUAUUGCUAGCGGUCAUAUUAAUCCUAUUCCUAAAUGAGAGAUACAGUAAUAAUGAUAGUGGAUGUGAAGUAUAUAAAAAUUUAACAAAUUAACUACACUUUGUUUAUUUCCAAUUGAGUGCGGGAAUGACCGAUCUAUUUAACAAAAUUUAUUUGCAACACUUAUAAUUAAAUAUGUGCAUCAGUAAAAUAUAUUCCACGAUAUCUUUUGUUAUACUACACUGAUAGAUUUGUUUCGUUUCAGUCUUGUGUUUACAUAAUUCUUUUGAAACUGUGAUGAUCAUUUCCACCUCUGUAUCAUUUUCUCUAUCUCUUUGCUCUGUAUUUUAUUCUUUACAUUUUUAUAUAUUUGAUCUCUUUCCUUUAAUUUAUGUAAACAGUGUUCUUCUGUAUGUUUGUUUUGUAAAUUUCGAAACAAUUUAUUUAUAAUAACGAAACCUUUAUUGAAAUUUUGCUGUUAUCUACUUCUCUAGUCUAAUAUUCUAAUUUUUGUGUUGUAAUCUGACCAGUUCUCUGUCAUAUAUCUGCGUAAUUCUUUUUUAAUACAGUCCGAUAGUUUCACGUAUAUGCUUCAAUUAAAAAGCUACUAAAUUUCGGGUGUUGUGUUCAAGCCGGUGACAAUGUGAAGGAAGUUUCAAUCGAUUGCAUAACAUUUGUGUAUCAUCGUUACGGUUUUGAAGGAAACUUGUUGGAGUUAUGAUUGAUCUAUAAUAUAGCAUCACUAUCAAA